UGGACUCUACGAGCUUCUGCCGCGCGUAGACCUGUGGGGAAUCCUCCUUGUUGUGUUACGCGACCGCGAGAGCAAGGAUAUAGACAUUUAUAUUUAUAUAUAUCGGGAAGUGCCCGGCGCGAAUCCACCGCCAUUGGCUUGAAUUUAACGAUGUUUUACAGCCGAGCUGUAUGGUGGAGGCACGAAUUUUAAACGCGGCGGAAUGGUACGAGCUACAGAAAAAGUGCUUUUUCUCGCUCGUGUCGAUAGCGUGGCGACACCUGGACUCGGCAAUACACGGUGAGGAGUGUUCCUCAACUCGUGUAAUUGUUGAAGAAACGUCUUUUUUUUCUUGCCUCGGUGUCCGAGCAGUUUCCCAACAGUUUGGGCGCAGUCACGCCGGGAUAAGGUACAGCGCGACGGCCGCCUCGCUUCGGCUGGUUCCGUUUCUCGGACCUUAAGGCCUGCUCGUCGAAGGGACAAUGCUUGACAUAAUGUCCGAGCACCAAGAUUCGCUUUUGACGUGCAAAACUGAACCUUUGCCCCCAGAGAGGAAAAGGAGGACCGUGGAGGACUUCAACAAGUUCUGCAGUUUUGUCCUGGCUUAUGCUGGUUACAUCCCAAGUCCCAAAGAGGAAAGCUCGUGGUCCCCGACGUCAUCCAGCUCCGCCCACAGUUCGUCGGCGGAUGGCGGCGGCGUGAGCAGCACAUGGGCGGACGGCGGCCCAGACAUCCACACCAUCCACACGUUUGUCCACAAAGCCCGCGCCAACAAGAGCAAAAGCGUCCACCCCGAUAGCACUUUGCUGGACAAGAUGCGCCUGAAGGACUCUUUGUACGAGAGCCAGGCGCCCAGCGCCAAGGCCGAGCGCAAAAAGGACAAAAAGCUCAAGAGGCUGUCGCUGGCGGCGGCUGAAAGCGGCAGUAGCGAGGGCGAGAAGCGGGCGCGCAUCAAACGCAGCAAAAACUCCAAGCAGCCCAAAGCCAAGAAGCUCAAAAGCUCGCCGCCGCCGACGCACAGCGACUCGGAGGAGUGGCGGCCGCUCCGCGCGGGCCCCUCGCCGCACGCCGCCCAGGACAAAACGCCGCCCCACGAGUCCGUCAGGGACGCCGAGAUGAGCUCCAGCGAGGGCGAGACCUGGAUCGCCGAUGAAGACAUCAUGGUGGAGUCAGGCGACGAUUCAUGGGACCUGAUCACGUGCUACUGCGGCAAACCCUUCGCCGGGCGGCCGAUGAUCGAGUGCAACCAAUGCGCCAUCUGGGUGCACUUGUCAUGUGUCAAAAUCAAGAAGUCCAACGUGCCCGACAUCUUCUACUGCCACAAGUGCAUGCACUCCAGGCGCUCGGCACACAAAAAAGACACUUAAACAAAGCAACAGCAGAAGAAAGUUCUCGCUUUAUUGCCCCCCCACCUCGCCUGAAGCCAAAACAGCUGAACAUUUCGCUACAGAUAAACCAGUCAGAAGAUUUCUGUUGACAAUCAGGGUUGUUUUUUUUUUUUUUUUGUCCGAUGCACGGUCCGAGUUUAAGAUUCCCCCCCCCCCCCCCCCCACCUUUUGUGGCUUCCUAUAAAAUAUCAUUGAAUUAUAAUUUUCCACCAGAAAAUGUCUAUCUAUUUGGGGGAGGGUGGAGGGUAGUUGUCAGUGGUAAGGACAUGCCAUUUGUAAAUGAAAGGAACACGACGGCAAAAUCUGGCGAAUGAUAAGAAAAAACAUUUGAGUUUUAGCAAUCUGAUCAAGUCCCCUUUUUGGAAUGCCACCAAAAUUAAGUGAUAUGGAUCACUACAAUUGACUUUUCAGGGUUUAAAGGAAGAUUUAUGGCAAAAUAUCUUUGGGUGACAGCAUGCAAGACAUUGAAAGCAUUGCACUUUUUGGAAUGGAGGUCGGGUGAAAUAUGUUCAUGACGAGCGCUUAGCAAUGCCAAUUAUUGCCCUCCCCCUUUGCGAAAAAGAGCGCAGGUGUUUGUUUUUUCCUCCCUGUUCGAGAACGAAUGUAGGAUGUUUUUGGCUAUUUUUUAAAAUUUUAUUUUAUUUUUGGGCUUCUCACGGUGGGGGGGCGGCAGGGCUGUACAUAUCCUCUUUGACAACUGUACAUAUGUGAAAGACAAUGCAAAAAUCUAUUUUCUGCAGUCCAAUAUUGUUUUCUUUAAUUGUAGUUUAAGAAAAUAAAAGUCUUUGGCAACAUGA